AUGAGUAGAAGAACUGUGGAAGUUCAAUCAACAUCUUAUUCUCAACAAGAAAAGUUGAUACAUUCCAUAGCUCUCACUCUAUUAGGAGGCUCUGAAAUUGAGUCAGCAUCAGCUCUAUCUUCGUUAUUGAAUUGGUCAAAUCCAAAAAUACCAUAUCCUCCACAAUCUCCUCCGCCAAAACCAACACCAAUAUUAGUUCAAUCAAUGGCUCGCUUUUUGACGUUGCAUAUCGAUCAGUGGACUAAAGGUCCAAGUGUUGAACCGGGACUUCUUACAUUAACCAUUAUAAACAACUUGAUUUUCUCACAAGAAAAGAAAGUUAAUAUCGCUAAUGCUGCAAUUGUUGCUGGUUGCAGUGAAAUGAUGAUAAUUCUUCAAAGGUUAAGCUUUCAUCCAAUUUCUCCUUUAGCAGUAUCUGCACAAAAUAUUCUGAUUUCUAUUGCAAGGUUUUGCGAUGUCUCAAAGUCAGUAGAAAAUCCAGAAAGAUUCAUAGAAAUUUUAUGUUCACUAUUCAAGCUUGCAGAUCCAGAAAAAGACAAACAACAGAUUGUAAUUGCUCUAAAUUUCUUAUUACUUCCUAAUAAUUGCACGUUAAUUAUUGAACAAAUGGGAGCUGACCUUUUAAUCGACCGUUUUGCAGUGAUAUUUGCAUAUCCAUCAAGGUACAUUAGAGAUAUUUUGUUGGAGGUUAUUUACGCCUUAGUUAUGACUGUUCCUGAAAUUAAAGAAGCAGUUUGCAGAAAUGAAACACUUCUUCGUACUAUUGUUGCUACAUGCAUUCCACAGUUCGAUCCAAUUGACUCAAAAAACACUCUUCCGUUGUCUCCAUGUCAGAAAUCUUGUGCCUUGCUUAGCGAACUUCUUGAUGACUCCAGAGUGUUGCAGUUUGCAGCAACUUUCAAGAUACAGUUCGCUACAGCAAUUCUUAAAUGGAAAUCCGCUUGGUUAACAGAUAUUGCCAUCAAAAUUUCAAAUGUAACGAUCUAA